AUGAAUGUGCAUAAGAUCAAAGUGAAAGUUGAUGGAUUUGUGGAUGCGGUGGGUGUUCCCUAUAGCAAAGUGAAGGACCAGAGUCCUCAGUUAUUAACGUUGGACCCGCCGAUUGAAGAUGAGGAUCCUGCAGCUCCACUUAUCCAACCAACACCACAACAAAACCCAGUACAGACACUACAAAGCCCGUUCGCCAGCAAUGGUCCGUUGCAACUAUAUCUAGAUUUAAAUCCAACGUCACUUAUAUUACCAACACCCGCUAACAAUCAAGUAGCACAAUCUGGGGCAGUUGCGUCUUCAACGACACCUCAUGCAGCAACGACUACAUCAACUGUAUCAGCGCACGGGGUAGAAUGGAAGUGGAAUAACGUAGAGGUAGAUGAGCGGACAGAAUGA